GCACAUAAUGCAUGUAGCUAUGUGUAAACUGUGUUUUUAGCUGCAUUGAUAACUCAGUGUUCAGAGCUUUAGACUGGUGCCUCGUCGCAAAAAAUGCAUUGUUAAAUUCUUCAAACUUUAUUCAUUAUUCAUGAAAUUAAACCACAUAUUCGUAGGUUUAAACUUUUGCCUUGUUUGUGCUACAUCAGCGGAUUAACGUCAGCUAAGCCUGUCUGUGGUAACACUGUAAGUGAAAAGUUGAACUUGAGAAGAUUUCAGGCUGUGGAAGCUGCCAGAAAGAUGGAGGUGAGAGACUGUCUGAUUUCUGCUCCUGGAAAGGCGAUCCUCCACGGGGAACAUGCUGUCGUUCAUGGAAAGGUGGCUCUUGCUGUAAGUUUAAACCUGAGAACAUAUUUGAAGUUGAAAGCGAGGUCUGAUGGCAAAGUUUGUAUUAACCUACCUAAUAUAGACACAUUUGUCUGCUGGGAGCUGUCCGAACUGAAACAGCUGACAUCAUCAAGUGAUAAAAAAGAAGAGAUCCAACGUCUGGAUGCUGAACUGGUGAAGAGACUGCGUGAAUUUAUUGGUGUGACCAGUGAAAACUUAGACAGUAGUGCUUCAGCAAUUUUGGCCUUCCUUUACAUCUACCUGUCACUUUUUGGAUCGGGAGAUAUGCCCAGUCUGACGAUGUCUGUGUGGUCAGAGCUGCCGACCGGAGCAGGACUGGGCUCAAGUGCUGCUUAUUCCGUGUGUUUAGCUGCAGCUUUCCUCUGUGCAACCGGAAACAUUCCCACUCCCCUCAAAGAGUGGGAGCAGACUGGCAGAUGGUGUCAGGAGGAUCUGGAGCUCAUCAACAGUUGGGCUUUCCAAGGAGAGAAGAUCAUCCAUGGAAAUCCCUCAGGAGUAGACAAUGCUGUAGGAACAUGGGGUGGUAUGCUGAGGUUUUUAGCUGGAAAGAUAAUACCACUGAGCAGGGUGCCGUUGUUGAGAAUCCUCCUCACUAACACCAAAGUACCACGGAGCACCAAGGUACUUGUUGCCAGGGUGAAGGACAAAAUUAACAAGUUUCCUUCUGUCAUGAUCCCUGUGCUGGAUUCAGUCGACGCCAUUUCCUGCACCUGUGAGAAAGUCCUAACAGAGAUGACUUGUGAGCCCAUCACAGGAGACCACUAUAACAUCUUAGAGGAGCUAAUUGACAUCAACCAACAUCAUCUGAAUGUGAUUGGUGUAGGACAUCCUUCUUUAGACAUGUUGUGCCAGGUUACAGCGGCUAGAGGGCUUCACAGCAAGCUUACAGGAGCAGGUGGAGGAGGCUGUGGCAUCACACUCCUGAGACCAGAAACUGAUUCAAUGACUGUUCAGGGGACGAUGAAGGACCUGAGGGACUGUGGCUAUGACUGCUGGGAAACAAGUAUUGGUGGACCAGGUGUGCAGCAGCACUUCCCUUCCUCUGUUAAAGAGGAAAUUAUGGAGGUUUUAAACAGGUACUGAGGCCUACUGGUGGCGAAACAAAAAGACUGAUUCCUACACUGUAGGACUUUUUGUUGAUGUCUCAAAACCUUUGAUAUACUUAACUAAUAAUGGGAACUGAGAGAAUGAAAGCAAAAGGAAAAAAAUGUUUCCAAUUGAUUUUCCUGACUGAACUUUUUUUGUGUGUGUGUAUUUGACUAAUCAACUGGGCCUUUUUGCACAUUGGAGCAAAAUUAUAUGCAAUGAUGUAUCUGUACACUAGAUGGCAGCAGAGUGGCACAUAUUGUUUUAAUGAAUCAGGAUAAAAGUAAUACUUUAAUGGAUUAGUUUAAUAGCAUUAAAUCCUCAAUUCUAUAUUUUUUACAGGGUUAAAAACUGCUUUAGUGAAUGUAAUAAAGCUGUGUGUGAUUUUUUUCCCCAGGAAACAUCACUUACAAAAAAAAAAAGUUUGCAAAUCCAAAUGAAGGAUUUGUUCUGGAAAUUGAUACAUGCCAGAUUGAAUAUAAAAAAAAAAAAAAAAUUGAUGUCUAAAGUGAUGUUUAAAGUGAAAAUCUUCAGCCUCUAAAUCAUUUUGCGGUUUUAUUUAUCAAGUUAAAGACUAACAGGUUGUGUUGUUUUGCUAAUGAAGGUUGCAGAAAGGAGGACAGCAGGCGUGUGCGGCCUCUCUGGAGGAUCUGGAUUAGCAUCACUGUACUGUGAAUAAACAACAAACAGCGUCCCUCCGAGUUACACAGACACACAACAGCUUUUCCAAAUUCUCCGCCACUUUAUUGCUCAUCCUUUUAAGCAUUGCAAAAUAUGCUGCAAAUAGAGCAGAUGCAGCUGACGGAUCUGUCUGCCAUACUCCCCGAUUUGGGGAAAAGGUCACUGUGGGAGUGAAUAUCCAUUUCAUUUUUUUGUUCUUUCAAAUGUCAUGAAGAUUGAGAAGUCCAAAUCUGGUUGUGUACGUGAAUAAACGACAUUCGUCACCCCACCCGCAACCCCCCCACACACCCUCUCACACUCACCCACCCUUUCUCUGUGUCUGCCCUCUCUGUCCUCUUGAAUUGUGUCAUCUUUAUGUCAGGGCAGCCCCCCUGUCAGCGUGCUGCACAGUUGCUCCUAACCCCUGCUGGAAUUUAAUUACCACUGCGCUUCUCAAUUGAAAUGGCAUUGAGGAGGGCGGGAAGGCAAGAAUAGCUGAGGGAUGGGGCGGAGGGGCUGGACAAGUGGGGGACACAACGAAGCCAGUUUUAUUUGAAGCCCCUCUUUUUAUUUUCUGUCUCAUUUUCUUUCAGUCCUUUUUGCCCGAGUGAGGCACAGAUGGUACUUUUUUUAUAUAUCAGUGUCAGUGCCGGCUUCUUUCUGCUCUGAUGAAUAGAAUCUAAGAAGGGUCUGGGAUUAUUUCAGAUAACCAUGGGGGUGAGGAAAAGGGGUCAAGGAUAAAGAGGAAGAAUGUCAGAUUUCCAGAGAUACAGUAGGAACUGUGAGCUGCCCUUGCAGUGAGGCAGAGGAGAGGGGGUGUGGUAUGUAAAAAUCAUUUAACAUUUUAGGUGUUUGAGGGAGUUUUGUCUGUAUAAAUCUGUGCGAGCGAAACGGCAAUGAAUAAUUCAUUUUGUCCAAGCAGGAGGAAUGAAAUGCUAAAUGUGAAUUUGCUGAGUGGUCUUGCUCACUGUGGCACAUUCCCUCUGGUCCCGUGUCAACUGGUGAGAGACUUGUCAGGAACCAUUAAGACUGAAUGCAGAAUUAGACCUGACUGACAAGAUAUCAUGAAGCUGAUGUCCAGUGGUUUUGCUAAUGGGGAUUUUAGUGUACAGCUCCAUUCACAUCCAUAGAUCAGCAUUUGUCUCUGUUAUUAUGGAAAGUGCCUGUUUUGUGUGUUUUUAUGUCGUGUGUGUGUGUCAGAGAGUGAUGAGGAAAUGGCCUCGGCAGGGGAUAUUUAGGCAACCAUUCCCCGUCAGCGUUUGUAGGAACACGGUGACAGAGGCACAGUCAACAUCACAAGCUCCUCUCUGUCAUCAUGAGGUGGAUGAUCCUCCUGGGGCUGUUUGCCCUUUUCCUAAGAAGGAGGUUGGUGGUCCACGUCAGAGGCAGGGGUCCGAAUAAGACAGCAGGAUGUGAGGAUGCUGUCAGAAAUUAUUUUUACAGGGUUCCUAUGCAGUUUAGAGAAGUCUGGGAUUUCAUUGAAGCAUUCUGUAGGUGUGGAUAAUAACAAAUAUGUAUGGCUGUGUUUUAUAGUUUUAAUUUUCUGUUCCAUUGUCUAAAUGUUGCCUCAAUAAGUUAAUCUAUGCACCGUUUGCCCACACAUCCAUCCGUCCAGCGGUUUUUGCAGGUAAAGCCUGACCACUUCAUAAAUAUGUGCAAUAAAUUUGUUGAGAUCUGAGAGGUCUUUGCUAAAAAUAAUAUUCUUAAAUGUCCAAAAAAUCACUGAGAACUCUUACUGGAGUUGAGUAAAUGUCACCUCCAAUUUUUCACAUCAUAACAAAGUUUUUAUUUUUGUUUUUCUGUCCAUCUGUGUCAAAGCCAGUGCAAGGAGCAAGAGGUGGGAAAAGAUUUUAAGUUCUAAAAAGUGGUAAAAAUAUUUUCACGUCAAUUUCUCGAGUACGGUUAGAAUUUCCAAUCUAAACGUAUGUUUUCCCACUAUGGGAGUCAUUUGCACUUUCAUAAAACAGUGCCCAAAAAUGCACCCGAUAUUCAAACCAAAAGUAUAUUUUGAUAAAACACAAAUUGUUGCCAAACUCCUCAAACAAAGCAAGUCUCUAGCAUUAUGAUAUGAACUGUCCCUUUUGCAAAGGUAAAUUUAAAAUAUUAAAAUCCAUAAUAUAAAAGAAAAAAACUUUUAAACAUCCUUCUGUUCAGUUUUUGAUUAGAGGUUUUGGGAUUACAAAAUUCACCCCCUUUUUUUAAAACACACAAGUAUUGUACUCGCUGGUUUAGAUAUUCUUAUAUAAACUUCUGCUGACCUAACUCAAAAUAAAUAUUUGAGAUUGUUGCAGUGAAUGUUUAAAAAUGCAGCUCAUUUUACACUUUGAAGUUGUAUAAUGUUAAUUUUUGUAGCUAUCAUCUCUGUUAUAAUCUUCAGACUAAACAAGUAUGUGCUGAACUGAACCAAACCCUUUUAUAUGAAUGGAUGAGAUGAAGUUUGUCCCCACAGACAACAGAUCUCAACUUCACAUCUAGUCAAACAGUUUUGGCUCCAAUGUCUUCGCUGGAUAUUUAUGUCAUUUAAUCAUUUCCUGCUAGAUUUCUUUUAAGCUGCAGCCAAAAUUUCAUAGCAUAGCAUAUCAGUUGAUCAGAUAACAAAGAUAUCAAAGUUUUGAUUUGAAAACUUCAUUUAAUCUUUUCCAUCCUUGUCAUGUCUCAACUUUAUCUUGCAAGACUCUGUGGGUCGACAGCGCCCCUGCUCUCCUGGGCCGGGAGCCUGUUUCAGCAGUCCUAAACGUAGCCAAAACAUUUAAAGUGAGGUUUCAACCUGGAGGAUCUGUUAUGUCUAGAGCCGGGUUUCUGUUAUCCUUCAGAAACAGACAGAGCUGCACAAUUGUAAAUAUCUGAAAACACACGACACCUCCUCUCUAUGUCCCUGUUUCCAUUAUGGAAUUGUAUCAUGUCUGAGUAUUGAUCCUGGAAUUGAUCCCACGGAGUUGAGGGCUUGUGCAACACACUCCGUCAUCUCUCCAGCACCAGCAGUAGUAUGUUUUUUAAUUGCAGUCUAAGGCGCUCGGUUUUCAUGUUACCUUUGAAAAGCCUCAUUGAUUUUUAUACCACCCUUCAUCCUCUCUGUGCUCCGUUUUAAGAGCAAAUCCCUUGUCAGACUUUCCCCGAAUGUAAAAGCACGAGAUCUGCCAGAGCCUUUCACAAGGCUUCCAGGUGCUACUCAGACACAUUAACACUCAAGUUUAAAAGUCAGAUGUGUGGAUUUUUUUUUUCUGUUCAAAUAAAACAAAGAGGAAUAAAGGCUUUGCUACAGUCUGCCAGUCUCUGUGUCAGUGGGAGCUGCUGAACGCUGAGUUGAACAAACCUUUAAACUUGUUAAGUACAGGUUUAUCGGCCUAAAAGAGACCAGCAGAUUAAAAACCAACCAAUGCUAGAGAUGUUUAGUAAAUCUUUAUGUAUAAAAUGUUCUUUUGUUACAGUAGAAUAAACUCUGUCUUUUUUUCUUUCUAACAUCCAACAUUUGACAUAAGUACAUCUAUUCAGUGGGAAAGCAAAUCUCAGAAAUUCAUUGCUGCAACUGUCAUUGCCACCAAUGCUAAUCCUCUCCAUUUAUUAAUAGAAGCACUUUCCUGUAACUUUUCUUAAGACUGGAUCACACAGAGAAGGGAUCAUUCCUCUGCACAGUCUUACUAGAUCACAGAUUCAGAGUAUUGGAUCCUUUCUUUUACUUUCUUCUCUUCAACUCACAUCUGGGAUUGAGCAGGCCAUAGAAGAAGGAUUUUAUAUUUGAUAAAAUAUUUUUCUGUGGGGUCAUAACAUUUGGAUCUUGUUGAAACGCACAAUAAUGGUGGAUUUAAAAAAACAACAACAUCAUACUGUUGCAAUAAAAUAAAUUAUUUUAUAUAUCUUUCUGGCAUCUUUACAAGAGAUGCCACAAAUUGUAACAGGUGGUGUUUAGCAUUUUCACAUAAAUUGUAGUUUAGGAUUUUUGAACUAAUUGUUAAUCUUGAAAAUAUUGUAAAUUUAGCUUUGUUUACUAGAAACCCUACAUGAGACACAGUUUCUGUCUUAACAGAAAUAAUAAAAAAAAUAAGUCUAAUAAUCCAAACAGGAUUUGUUUUUUUUGUUUUUUGGGGGGGAUUUUAGCUGAAGCUCAGAUACUGGCACAGGAAUAUAUUUAGCAUAUGUGCGUCUAUAAUGCAAAACAAAAACAUCCUCAAUGAAAUUUGAUUUGCAUUAAUUUGGGAAGCAGCUUAUCUAACAUUCAUACUAUGAACUCACUUUGAAUUUGAAAUAGGUUCUCAUAAUUUCCCUGGGAUUGCAGCCAAUUUAUCGGAUUCGCCCCCCGCCCCCAUCCUCACCGCGGCUCAGAGGAGGAUGAUCUCAAAACGUUAUCACGUGACAUAAUGUGAUUGAUGGACCAUUAAAAUGUCAGCCAGAUGUACUUAAAACUGCGGCUUUUAGGUUGAUAAAUCACGACCCAAAUGGAUACAUAAAGCUGUUAGAAACAAAUAUUCCCAUCUAGAGCUAUCUGCAGUCGGAUAGUAAUGGAUGUUCAAUCUGAUGGUCUGUCUGUCUGUAUGUUUCUUCACAUUUUGCUCCCCCCCCUGUGCAGCGUACAGCAUGUCUGGACUGCUGCAGUCUUAUAAUUACAAAGAAACAGGUAGGAGUGUUCAUAUUUCAUCUGCUGCAUUGGUGAUAACAUCUAAUAAUCUGAAAGCCGUGGCAAAAUUGGUAUCUCGUUGCUCAUGCAUUAUGAAUGACUCACUGAUUGCUUUUUUGCAUAGAUUAGCAAUCAUUUCACAGAAAUCUCUCCUAUAAAAAACCGUAGUAGGAUGGUUUUGGCUCUUUCUUUUUUCCUGAGGAGUUUAGACACCAAAUCAUGUUGCUUUUUAGCAUAGGACAUAUCUAGUGAUGCCACUGUCCCCUCUCGCCCCUCAGCCCCAUCUUCUGAUUUAUUUCUCUAUGCAUAUCAUCAUGGUGAAGAUAAGUGCAAUUUUCAGCCCACUUUGCAACUGAUUGCUCACUUAGAGAAUAUAUUCAGCAUCUACAGUGUUAUUGUGUUUGGAGCCAAGCAGCGAAGUACCACUAAAAAUCUCGGGCAUCCCAAGUGUUCAUUUGUCGACUUUUAAACUGAGGCAAGUCUGAGGCAAGGCGUGUGUGGAUUUCUGUGACCUCUGCCUCUCCUGACUUGUAGCCACAGGUUGGCGUAACACAUAAGGGGGCCUCUAUGGUCUACUGGUUAGGAAAAUUGUCUGGUGAGCAGAUUCCCUGUUUGAGGUUUACAUACUUCCCCUGUUUCCUGUCAGGCAAAUAACCUGCUUCACAUUCACAACCAUCCAUAUCACACAGAUGCAGACUGAAAGACAACACUACUGACUCGGUUUUAACCACUUUUCAUGAUAAAAAUUAAUGCUUCAGUAGUAUUCCAAUAGUUGUUUUAUCCAGCAAUUUAUUUUUUUUUUACUUUUAAACAUCUCAGUAUAUCAGGGAACUCAAGAGUAUACAAACUAAAUGGUGCCACACCUUAAGUUCUGGUAAUUGGAUCUCUGAAUAAACAAAUCUUUGAAGACCUGAGGGGUCCAGGUGGUUUCUACCUGACCAUCAAUUCUGAAAAGUAUUUAGGCCCAAAACAUGUCAAGGUAUUUUUACACCGAAAAUUGAAUAAAAAGUGACUUGUGGACUGAUGUUAUAUGAUUUCUUUCUAGUGUAGAUCAAUGCCUUGACCGCAGCAUUUUCAGUUGCAGGGACUCAUGGAUUCAAAUGCACCAUUAUGACAAACUGGUCAAAGUAAAAGUAUCGGUUUUCUGCCUUUAUCCUGGCUGCAUUUUUAAUAAGAUAAUGAGCUUAUUUAGUCAUGAACAUUAUGCUGAUGUUAAAAUUUAGGUCAUUACCCAGAUUUCUUACUCUAUGGUCUUUAGCCUCAUUGAGUUUAGUUGAGUGCUGAUUUUUAAGCUUGUGUUUUUGGGGCCCAGAACUUUGACUUUUGCAUUUUUUAUACACUUGAAUUAAAAAUUCUCACACAUCAUUUCAAUUACAUUAAAACACAAUUACUCAAUGACCGUAAGGGAGUGCAGUCAUGUGAUGUCAUUAGUAUGACAAAUCUAUAUUAGCCUGUAAUCUUAUAAUAAUCUGAUUAGGGGUAGCAUAUAGGUAUUAAAUAACAUCUAAUGAUAGGACUUUUGAGAAACCACAAAUCUAAUGAUGACAAAAAAGAGUGGUUGUGUUACUCCUAGAUUUUUUUCAUGUUUUAUGGUCUCAAGCCUCACCGAGGCUAGUUGGGUACUGAUCUCCAACUUUACCUUUUACAUACUAAUAAUGACUUUUGUUGCAUUUAUAUGGAAGAAAUUCUGAUCCGUCAUUGUAUAGAUAUUGGGGACCCACUCAGUGACUAUGCAGGACUGUGGAAAUGUAACGUGUGUCAUAAUGCAUGAUAAGAUAUUUGGUCGUAUGCUAUAAUCUGAGCUGGGAAUAGAAGUUGAAUAAAAGUGAUCUGCGAUUGGCUCCUUGAAGAGCCCCAUGUGUGCUCUUUUUGCUCAGAAUUAUAUUUCCAAAAUGUCACAAUCCGAUAAGUAAGAUUGUAACCAAUCCUUCACAGUGCCACACAAUCCAGCACUAUGUUUUAGGCUAUCAAUGUCAUGUUGAUCGAUUGUUUCAAAGGCAGCUCUGAGGACCAUUUUUUUUCUAACAAUAAAUAAAGUUCUGUCUUGUUGAAGACUGAAUAUAUAUAUAAAAAAAUAUGAGUUUGAAGCAGCUCUUGGCUUGUGGGGACACCCAGGCUCCAUCUUCCAGCAUAACCCCUGGCCUUUACCCCCCCAGAUGGGCAGAGUCACAGGCCCUGUGGAGGUUGGUGCCCUCUGCCUGACAGCCCGUCACUGUGCUCUGGUGGUGAUUCUUUUUUUUUUCUUGCAGGAGAUAGUGUCUGAUUGGGAGCAGUGUGUGAAUAGCCCUGUCACACUCGAUAAGCCAGCAAGACGACCUGUGACGGGGACAUAUGGCAUGUUUGACAGGGAGAGAGGGUGCGAAUCGCACUGAAUGAUAAAAUGGUGUUUUUCCCCCUUCGGCAAUGUCAUGCUUUCAGGCAAGCGUGUGGACCAUCGCUCACUCAAGCAGCUGACUCUGGCCUCCUUGUGACAUCUCCUUCAAGGUCCUGCGUUUCUCUGCAUCGCGUCUGGACAAUUCUGACAAUGUGAGCUUUUUCUGCUCACAGCUGCUCCGUUUGCUUGUCUGUGUGGGGGACAUAAUUGGAUAUCAGUUUAGUUUAGCAAGGGAGGCUGGGAAAUUCAUCUUUAAGGCCGUUUGUCAAAGCUUCUCCUAAAUCUCUCCCGCACUGCAGCCCUCCCUCCUGUCUCUUCUUAGCCUGUCACACUGUUGAUUAAUACAAACACACACACACGCCCCCACCAGCACACACACACGCAGUCUCAUCAAACAACUUUAAUUGAUGGGUUCUGCCUCUUCACGACCCUGAUUUAUUUAAAGGGGCCACGAACUCUGAGCUAAGGAGACGAGAGGGAGACGAAGACAAGCCGACUUGGAUUGAAAUUAUUGAGUUUGAUCUGCACGCCUUUCAUCCUCUCUGUCAGCCGGGUCCUGACUUCUACUGCUGCAGCCUCGACUCCCAUCCUGUCAAGUGUCACGUUGUCAGCGUUCGCGGCCAUGACGGACAGCCCAGGUGUCGCACUCAGGCUUCAGUGCACCAUCAGGCGCCUCCGCUCUGGUCCCCAGUGGUUCACAGUCAGAGAGACAGCACAGUCCAGUAACCCCUCUCAAACCCAGCAUGUCUUGCUCCCUGGGGAGUCCACUUUCUGUGUCCACUGGGCCAGAACCUAAAAGCUCCCAGCCAGUGGUCACAUAAUCCCACUUUCACUCUGAAUGCUAAUUAUAAUACUUCAACCGCUGCAGCGCUUCUUCUUCCAUUAAAAUGACUAUUUCUGUCGCUCCUUUCCCCGAGAGAAAAGAAGGCUCGUCUCAGAAUUCAGUGAUUGGUGUUGAUGAAGAGGACGGAGGCCGAUAUGAGCACCAUAUUUGAUUAAUCUGAAAGCUGCCAUGAUGAACAGUAGGAAAUUAUUACAGGGCUCUGCAGUAUUUUAGUUCAUGUUUGGGCUUACAGGUAGUGCUCUGGUUUUACUCUAAUCAUUGUUUACUGCAGCAUCCAGCUACUUUUAUUUUAAAUGUUCCAAAUAGUUAAUGGAUAGUACCAACAAACUACAUUUUAAAAUAGAAAAUCUCCAGUUUUUUUAAUUUGUAGCCUGAUUUUGCAUCUCACAAUCUGUGUUGUUCUUUUUUCUGUCCUAAGGCCUGAGAAGCAGGAUAGUAUGGUUAUUAUGCUAAAAGCUAAAGUGGUCUCAGCUUUGCAGAGCGUGAUUGCUCUGCUGCAAUGCCAACACGUUAAACAAGGGGGUCAAUCAUCCACUCCUUGUUUGUUAAUCAGCCGAGAGCCCUCAGCAAUGCAAGAAAUUUUUACUAAAGUUAAAAAUUUUCAUAGAUUAGGUCGUGUUUUCUUUCAUGCAUUUUUUUUUCUUGAAGAUUAUAGGGAUGGGUGGCCCUGCAAUAUUCAUAAACGUCGAUUGAGCUUUGUAGAAACACUACAAACACACAAGUCGUCAUUUCGCUUGAUUGCAUUCAAAUACAGGAGGAUUACAUUAUUUGAAGAGCAAUUUUAAGGCAGCAAAUGCUUUGAUUAUCUAUCAAAAUAUGUGACUAUGUCAGAAAUUAUUCCACAUAGUCCAAAAAGUAAUAUAACUAUCAGAUAUUUUGUUUUCCACAUUCUGUUUUUAGUAUAUUCUAUUCUUUGUCACUUUUAUCAGUUCUAAAGCAACUAAUGAAAAGAGAAAUAAUUUAAUAAACAUUUAACUCAAAAAAAUAUUGAACUUCUGCAACCUCCUAACGUCUCACUGUCUCUCGUUGUUUUGCAACCUUAAUAAAUAGCAGACGUGUUGCAAAAUGUUGAAUAAAACACAACUGCCUUUUA